UGCUCAAAUAUGGUUGUCAAUUCGUGGUCUGUGAUGGUUGUUUUGCUUUUCGCCUUUUUUGAGACGUAAUUCAUUAAAUUUUUAAGUAGUAACAAAUGAUUGAAUUUAAAAACAUUACAGAAUAUCAAAACAGAUGAAGAGUUAUUAAAAAGUGGCUAAAACACGUUAUUAUUCAGUUAAGGAAGGUGAAUUUGUAGAUAAAUAUUACGUAUCAUGUAACAGUGCGAACUUGUGGUUAUUUUGUGGCUGUAGCGUCUAUUUUUGACCUGACGGUCUUCCUCAAGAUUGUUGCAGGGUAUAAUGAAAUAAGCAAUCGAGAUGAGUUGGCUGCGGAGCACGUCGCUGACGCUAGCGAGACAGCUGUCGCGCACCCUCGACCCUCGCCAUGACUACGAGCCUCAGGCGUGCUAUAGCUCCUUCUGCAAGCAUUGGCAACAGGCGCACGACAUCAUACUCAAGUCUCAGCCCCAACACCUACACGACGAUGUUCUAGGCGUAGUGAACCAUUUGGAGCAGCUCACUACUCUGCUAGUGCUGGAGGCUCGCGCCAGGGAAAUCAGCUGCAACUCUAGCGCCGCCGCCUGCCUCGAGUAUCUGUUGAGUGAAAACCUCCUCGACAAGCUGUACGAAUGGGCUAUAUGUACUGGCAAAUACGAAAAUGCAGUCCGACUCGAGCAACUCAAACUAUUUGGAAAUCUCAUCAGCUAUUAUAGUUCUCAGGUAAUAGCAGCGGAACCAUUUCUACGGCCCUUGUUAAAACUGCUCAGUGGAUUCAGGAACCAAUUGCCGCCUCCGAACCUUGAAAGCCAAUUAGUUGCCGUACUGAAUCAACUAUGUGUGGUAUUGAUGCAAAAUAUGAAAUUCAUCGACCUAUUCUUUCUAACGACGCACACGCAAAACGGUUCACACGCAGAAUUUAUAAUCGGUCGUCUCCUUUUGUCAUCGGUACAUCGUGAAGGUUCGGCAGGAUCGGUGGCGCGAGACGCGUUUCUGCUGUGCGCUAAAAUGUCCGCCAAAUGUCCACCCUUGGCGCACUGUCUGUUAACAGGAAAUGCUUGCCCUAUACUGGCUACAGGGCUAAGCGGUCUGUACUCGUUACUACCACGCUCGCUGGGCGACACGGUGAAACUCACACCUGAUGACGUCAAUCAAGUCCAUAAACUGACACUGUUCAUCGAUUCCCUGGAAUUCUGCAAUGCUGUAGCGCAGGUCGCUCACCCAUUGAUCAGAAAGCAUCUUCUAGAUUUACUGUACCAAGGGUUCCUGGUGCCAGUGAUGGGGCCGGCACUGUUGCAGAAGAGAGCGGGCACCUUACAGAGUGGGGCCACGGAGCAGGCGACGGCCAUGUCUUACCUGGAACUGCUGUUGAGAUGUGUCACUCCAGGAGGAUUGUUAAGAGUGAUCCUGCACUUUCUGUUCACAUAUGAAUAUGAUGGAGUUAAAGUUAUAGAUGUCUUGUUGGGCAGAUUGGAAGGGAAUUCGCAGCUAUCAUUAGUGACGUUAUCGCUAAUGGAAACCCUGAUAGACCUAAACUGCGAAGAUGUGAUGAUAGAACUGAUAUACAAAUACUUAUUAAGCGGUAACCAUUUGAUGGCAACGUACAGAAGCAAACUGUCCGAUCCUGAACCGUAUAGAGAAGCUGCAGUAGCAUUCUUAGCGCUCAGCCCGAAUUGCUGUUCUAGACCUUUGGUGAAGACCAGGGAAUGGGUGGAUGAAAUGGCCAUAAGUGGGAGGAGAGUAUUGGAUAUCAGAAGGGAUGAUGAUAAUAGAAGAUUGAACGGGGUACAUAAUGAAUUUGCUAUGAACCAUCUAGUCCAUGAAGUUAAUUUUGAUUAUGGGAAUCCAAACGAUACUUUAUACAGCAACUACCACGCGUAUCUCUGCGACGCUCGAUUCGAGAUCGUCUCACGGACGAUCGCGUGCGCCAAUUGGAGCUCCAAAUACGACCACGUCCCACCGAAACGAGAAACGAAUAACAAUUCCACUAAAGACAUGAAAGAGACAGACACAGUUCCGAGCCCCUGCUCCAGGGAACAGGACAGUCUUGUCUCCCUUUCUACCAGUGGUUACGGUACAUUGAAAAAUAGUGAUACUUCCGAAAAAGAACCCCAUAGCUUGAACUCUUUGAAUGAAGUGGCUGAGACGAGUAAAGUAGUCGACCAGCAAUGUGAAGCGAAUGAUAGUAAAGACCACGAUAGUUUAACCUCGAUUGGAGAGAGCAGUGGUUACGAUAGCUUUAGGUAUAGAAUGGAUGGGGAUGAGGAUGAAGGGUUCGCGGAGGAGUCGUUCAGGAAGAGCGUUGUGAAGUGCAGCGAUGUUCGCGACUACGACGACGCGCCUGCCGUCAACUGGCGUGCCAGCUCUGGUACUCUGAUCGGUCCACUUUUAACAAGUCUACUAAGGAAGGCCGCAAAUUUCCUAGAAGCGGACGUGGCGUCCACGUGUCGGGUAUCGAGUUUGUUCUGCAAGCUCGCGUCUUUGCCUACACCUUUGCUGGCCUCACUGCUGCUAUGUCCUUGGAUACAGUUGCAACCAAAUGUGCCUUCAUUAUUCCAGAUACUUAGCAAAUUAAAAGAAGAGGUCGACGAGCUGACGGAUGGGUUGGCCAACAAUAGCGAGCUGGUCGACAAGGCGAGGGUCUUCCUCAUGCAGAGAGAACUGACGCUGGUGAAGACGCGGGCGCAGACAAACGACGAUAGUCAAACGCAACGACCGAAUUCACCCGCUCAGAGAGGCGACGAAUCCCCUUUCCGAAGGAUGGAGUCCAAACGACGGAGCAUAUCCUCGAGUAUAUCCAGUAUGUUCAAUAGGAAGGCCUCACUAUCACCGUCACAACAAAACACGCACAGCCCACAAAAUUCGGCGUACAACUCACCCGCACAAAAACGUCCAAUUUUCACCCAAGAAAUGUACUGGAACCAAUCCAUCACCAUGCGAUCCGUCCUCAACGCGGUCAUACUGGAUGAAUGGCUCAAGGAACUAUCAGCCAUCUGUGAGGAACAGGCCUUAAGGCUCACAGCCGAUUACUACGAAAACGACACAUACAUCCGAACAGUCGCAUUAUGACUGUUGGCCAAUGCCUCUGAGGGCAAAUUAAAAAAAAAUAAAAGUAUUAUCUCUGAUACUUGCGUUUAGAAACAUUUUUGGAGAUGCCUUAAAAAUAAAUAAUUGUAAGCAGAAGAAGAUUAUGUUAUCGGUGAAAACCGACAGCCGACAUGUCAUUGCAAAGUUGUGAUCACAUGAUUAUAGUCUCUUGUGAUUGGCUGAAUUUGGCGUUCUAUCUGCGACAGUGCAUUUUAGCCAAUCAGCGGCGAUCGUCACACUAUGACCGACCACACUUUAUAUGCCAACAAUCCAGACCUUCCAAGUUAGAACCCAGUCUGCGCGCUCCCAUAGUACUCUGAAGGUCGGGAUUGUUGGUGCUUGUUCGUACGUGUUCGCAUGAGUCAAAUUCGUACGAAAACGCAUCCAAAGUGCGUACAUACAAUAUCUGUCAAGUUAGGGUAGUCAACUCCUGGGUUUUAUAUGUCUCACGGCAGACCAUAACUAUGAAAAUUAUACACAUGAACUGUGGCUUUAUGCCUGUUACUAGGCAAAUAAAAAAAUUAAACUAUUGUCUAUGAUACAACAUUUUAAGGACGCCUUAAAAAUACUGUGAACUACUGCUAAUGAAGUUACUUUACUUUUUAAUUUAACUUUUGCAAUCAGCUGUGAAAGUGGGUUUUAUUGUUCUCAUAUCUAGAAAUAUCUAGAAAUAAUAGAAAUAGAAAGAAUUUUUAUUUAAAUAAAUAAAUAUUAAAAUAAGAAGAAAAAAAACAUUGAAUCUAUCACUAGUAGGUAAGCCUUUUUACCGAAAAGAAUCAGCAAGAAACUCGGCUGUUGCCCUUUCGUUAGUCUAUUUAAACCUUAGUGGAAAAUUCAUUCCGAUCAGAUAAAAGCAUUUUUCGCUACAAUAAUUUUUGUUGAAUGUCAAAGUUACAUUGAAAAGGAAAGUUUAAGUGUAAUUAUAAAUUAUAAAUUUUAAAUUAAAAGUUUCUUUUAAAAAGAGCAAUUAGUUGUAAUUGAAUUUAAGGACAAUAUCUUUGAUUUUAUUUUUUUAACGUCUACUAGGUAUGUCUAAUUAAAUAAUGGAAAAAACAUUUUGUAUUACCCUAUUAAAUUGCAUUGAAUGAAAUCCUAUCUGUAAGUAGUUUCCAAGUUGAAAAACGUGAUAUUCGAUCUAUCUUCGUGCGGAUAUGUCAAAUCGUUUGCCUCUUCAUACUAAAUAGCACCCCAAAACUCGCGUCACGUAAUUAGUUUGGAAACUUACAAUAAGGGUGCGUUUCCAAUAACACGGAGCUGGGUAGAGCGGAGCGGAGAACAGUGAAAAGU